AAAGAAGACUCGCAUAAAAUACUUUAUAUUUGAAGAGUGAGCACAAGUUCCUCAACUAAUGGAGGACAACUGGACACUGCAGAAAUGACAUCAUACAGCUUUCUUCCUACAUUGCAAUGUAAGGCUGAUGUUGAUGCAGCCAUCAAAGGUACAGAUGACUUGGUAGUUGUACUGCGGUUUGGACGUGCAACUGAUAAUGUAUGCAUGCAGCUUGAUCAUGUUCUUGAGAAAUCUUGUGGCGAUGUUGCAAAGAUGGCCAAAAUCUUCCUAGUAGAUGUUGAUGCUGUCCCGAUAUACAGUCAAUACCUGGACAUUACUCUUAUUCCUGCAACUGUUUUCUUCUUUAAUGGCCAGCAUAUCAAAGUGGACUGGGGAAGUCCUGACCACACAAAAUUCAUAGGUACCUUCAAGGUUAAGCAACACUUCAUAGAUGUAGUGGAAACUAUAUUCAGGGGUGCUAUGAAAGGUAAAGUGAUUGUCCAGAGUCCACUAGAUCCAGCAGACAUCACAAAGUAUGAACUGAUCUUCAAGGACAUAUGAACCUAAACAUACCAGGAUUGUAAGUUGAACUCAACAUACUUAGGAGAUUGCAAUGAACCUAAACAUACUGGGGUUUUACGAGGAACCUAAACAGGGGGAUAAUACUAACCUAAACCAACUAAGGUUGCAGGGGCAUAUUAGCCAACACCAAUUGAGGUUGCAAGGACAUGUUAGCCUACACCAACAAAGGUUGCAAGGACAAAUUAGCCUACACCAGCUAAGGUUGCAAGGAGAUAUAAGCCUACAACUAAGUUUGCAAGGACAUAUUAACCUAAACUAACUAGGUUAUGAGAACAUAUAAACCUAAACCAACUAAACUUGUUAGCCAGGUUCACCAACUAAGGUUGCAAGGACAUAUUAGCAUACAUCAACUAAGGUUGCAAGGAUAUAGUAAUCUAAACCAACUAAGGUUGCAAGGACAUAUUAAUCUAAACCAACUAAGGUUGCAAGGACAUAUUAGCCUACACCAGCUAAAGUUGCAAGGACAUGUUAGCCAGGUACACCAACUAAGUUAG